AUGUGGAUCAAGAUGAUGAUCACCAGCCGGUGGCGGCUGCUAGUGGCGGUGGCGAUGGUGGUGGCAAUGGCGGGAGCUCCGGCGACAGUGUGCGGGAGGGACCUGAACCAGACUAUGACGGUGCAGGUGACGCAGCAGCAGGGGAGUAGUAAUAAGAAGCCGCUGGUGACGGCGCUGAUCGUGUUCGGGGACUCGAUCGUGGACCCCGGCAACAACAACAACCUGCCGGCGACGAGGAUGAAGGCCAACCACGCGCCCUACGGCAAGGACUUCGCCGGCCACGUCGCCACCGGACGCUUCUCCAACGCGCUCCUGCCACCCGACCUCAUCGCUCGGAGGCUUAACUUGAAGCCACUUCUUGGCCCAUGGCUGAACGUGGAGCACACGCCGGAGGACCUGCUCACCGGCGUCAGCUUCGCGUCGGGUGCCACCGGGUUCGACCCGCUGACCCCGCAGAUCGUGAACGUGUACACCAUGGACCAGGAGCUGGAGUUCUUCGACGAGUACCGGCGCAGGCUGGUGGGCAUCGUGGGGGAGGCUGAGACGCGCCGCAUCAUCGCCGGCGCCUUCUUCUUCGUCGUCACCGGGACCGACGACUUCGCCAACACCUACUUCAUGACGCCCUACCGCGCCGGCGACUACGACAUCCCGGCCUACGUGGACCUCCUCCUCGUCGGCGCCGAGGCAUUCCUCCGCAACACCAGCGCGCGGGGCGCCCGGAAGAUGGGCUUCACGGGGAUGCCGCCCAUCGGGUGCGUCCCCUCGCAGCGAACCAUCGGCGGCGGGCCGCGGCGCCGCUGCGAGGCCCGCCGGAACUACGCCGCGCUCAUGUACAACAAGGCGCUGCAGCAGCUCAUCGACCGGCUCAACGCCGACCCCACGUUCCACACCCUCGUCGUCUACUUCGACAUCUACGACAUCAUCGAGGAGCUGGCCGUGCACGGCGACCGGUGGGGGUUCACGGAGCUCACGCACGGCUGCUGCGGCUCCGGGCUCAUCGAGGUCACCAUGCUCUGCGACACCAGGUACAUGGGGGUGUGCGACGACGUGGACAAGCACGUCUUCUUCGACAGCUACCACCCCACGCAGAGGGCGUAUGAGAUCAUCGUCGACCACAUCUUCAAGAACUAUGUGCCCCUCAUGCAUCUCUGA